UAGUCGCGUUGCCGCCACCGAGUAGUGUGUGUGUAUAUUGUUUUUAGGACAUUUUGACUUCUUGUUAGAAAAACUGGUGUUUGUUUUGGUGAAGUACAUUUUUUCGUUGGCCCGCUGUUGCGUGACUUGUUGACAUAGUGGCUUUCCCGCGUACACACGAAAAACGUUUUGCGAAAAAUACCGCGUGGCUGAUUUUGGCGGCGUAACUGUGGUUGCAUAACCUCAAAAGUAAACAAUCAGAGAAGAUGACCACCAGUAUUUACAAACCCCUGGGAGUAUCCCUGCUCUCCCAUUCCCCGGAUAGAAUGAUCUUCUGCAGAUCUGACGUGAGGAAAGUGAAAAGAGUCCUUUUUGAACCCGUGGAUCAUGUUAGCACUCAGAAAUUCUUGGAGGAAGAGUUGAAGAAGGUUACUGUCACAGAGUCUGAGAAGUGGAAUUUUGACUUCAAAAAGCAGAAACCAUUAAGCGGUGCGUACAAAUGGAGAACUGCAACUCCUCAGAUGAGCAACCGACCGAUCAAAAGACGCUCUAGCGAGGAUCUGGAAGUGGAAGACUUGUACCCACCUCAGAUCAUCAGACCAACUCCUACAAGGGCUGUGCCCACAGAAGAAUCACCCAUGACAAUAUCCCCAAGUAUUGAAGUCAAAACAUUUGAGAAGCCCCAUAAAGCCAAGCCACAGCUCCUCAUAACUGGGUGUUACAGCAAGGGUUACAGGCACGUAGUAACGAUGGAACUCGAUAAGAGAGGGAACGUAGUUUUAGGUAUAAAAGGACCUAUAGAUAUAUAUCAGUUCUAG